AUGGCUGGCUUAGAAGCUUACUUUCUUUUCUUUCUUACAAGCCUCAUAUCCACCCUGUUACUCUUUGUGUUUUUGAAAUCCACUUGUGCUAAAUCUCUACACAUUAUGCCUACCCCGUUUGCCCUUCCAAUCAUUGGACAUCUUCACCUACUGCUACUAUCUCCCAUCCCACAUCAAGCUUUUCACAAGCUUUCGACUCGUUAUGGGCCCAUAUUUAGUCUUUUUUUGGGCUCGAAACCUGGUAUUGUUGUUAGUUCACCGGAAAUGGCAAAAGAAUUCCUUAAAACACAUGAGCAUGUGUCUUUAGAUAGAGCCGCAAACUCAAUAGUGGAUUACAUAACUUAUGGAUCAAAAGACCUUGUGUUUGCUCCUUAUGGGCGAUACUGGAAGUUCAUGAAAAAGAUAGUUAUGUCGAAUCUCCUAAAUGGAAAAACACUUGACAUGCUUAGUUCAGUUAGGUAUGAAGAGAUUAAUGGCUUUAUAAAUUUAAUAUCGAAAAAGGCCAAAAUUGGGAAGGCUAUGGAUCUUGAGAAGGAGCUAAUGAAGUUGACUAACAAUGUGAUAUCAAGAAUGCUUAUGGGUGAAAGAUGUAUAGAUGAUAACGAGGAAAGUGCAGAUGAUAUGAUGAGCUUGGUUGCUGAUAUGGUUCAGGCAUCGGGUACGUUUAACCUUCCAGAUUACAUAUGGUUGUUUAAGGGUAUAGACUUGCAGGGAUUAGGGAAACAGGUGAAAAAGCUUCGUGCAAGAUUUGAUGUAAUGAUAGAAAGGAUCAUAAAAGAGCAUGAAGAGGCAAGAAAGCAUGGUGGAGAAAUGAAAGACUUGCUCCACAUUCUACUCCAUAUAGAACAAGAUGAGAGCAUGGAAAUCAAUUUGAGCAGAGAAAACAUCAAAGCAUUCUUCUUGGACCUCUUUCUUGCUGCAACAGACACUACAGCAGGUACCAUGGAAUGGUGUUUAUCACAACUAAUCAAUCACCCAAAAAUCAUGAACAAGGCACUUGAAGAAAUCAAUCAAGUAGUUGGUAAAAAAAGACUUUUGCAAGAAUCAGAUAUACCAAACCUUCCAUACCUCCAAGCAAUCGUGAAGGAAACAUUCCGUCUCCAUCCAGCUCUACCAGUUUUAGCAAGACAAUCAACGGAAGAUUUCAUGGUAGCUGGUUACUAUAUCCCAGCAAAAACUCUCAUAUUUAUCAAUUUGUGGGCCCUUGGUAGAGACCCAAAUCAUUGGGAAAACCCAAAUGAAUUUUGUCCGGAAAGAUUCCAAGAAAAAGAUAACGAGUUUGAUGUGAGAGGGCAACACUUUCAAAUGUUACCAUUUGGUAGUGGGAGGAGGUUGUGCCCCGGGAUAUCACUUGCACAAAUUAUGAUACACACAACUCUUGGCGCCAUGAUUCAGUGCUUUGACUGGAAGGCCGGGAAAGAUGGAAAUCUACCUAGUGUUGACAUGGAGGAGGGUUUUGGGCUCACACUUACUAGAGCUAACCAUUUGGUAUGUGUCCCGGUGGCUCGUAUUGAUCCUAUCCCAAUUUAAAUGUAACAUGCCAUGCAUUUACUAUCCCAAAUUUCUAUCCACUGAACCUCAUAUUAGAAUGUUCGCAAGUAAAAUAAA